AGAAAAAGAAAAUAAAAAAGAAUAGUAAAAAAAAAAGAAUAGUAAUAAUAAUUUCAUCGGACAAUGGCCAAGUCCAGUGUUGCAGUAUCUUCUCCUCAGCUUAAGGAACGCUACAUCUCAUGCUCCAAAGCCUACCAACAAGCCUUGGGCGACGUCGGCAAGGCCUACAAGAUCUUGGCCUCCGGUGACCAUAAUGGCCUCAACCUUGCCACUUCCGCCGUCACCACCGCCGUCGACGACUGUGACGCCGAAUUCAAGCAGCCGCCGGCGGACACGUCGUCGCUCCCGAGAAACGGCAACACUCUUAAGGAUCUCUGUAGCAUUAUCUCGGUUAUGUCCCAACUUCUUCCUGGGCUUUGGAGAUCUACUCAGUAACACGUAUGUCCGAUGCAUGUGAAAUUUGUAUAGUUCUAUUUUACUAUAUAGAAAAUAAAGUUUAGUACAAGACAAGGAUUAAGGAUUUUGAA